AUGGCUCCUUCUGGUCAAACAAAAGCAAGGCCAACCAGAAAGGCAAGAAGAAGAAACCAUUUCAAGAAGCGGAUUGUACACUCCAAGAAUCAAGAAGCAUCAAGAAGUUUGCCUCCUAACUCUUCCACCACAAGCUCCAGUGAUUUUUCAAAGAUCAGAGACAUAGAUUUCGAGGCUGUUGAAGUCCCUUCAAGCGGCUGCUCCACUCCAAAAGCUCAGAGAUUCCGGAUACCAGAGAUUUCAACAUGCCCACCAGCACCCAAGAAGCAAAGAGUAGUUUCGAAUUGCUCCUUGCAAAGAACACCGAUUGCCUUCUUCGCUCCUCCAGACUUAGAGCUCUUCUUCUUCUUUGCACUUCGAGAUAUUUCGGUUUGA